GAUCUCCAAGUAUUUAAUAGAAUCAAGUUGCUUUCCAUGUUGAAAAAGCAAAUCAAAUCUGUAAUAUGUGAAAUAGAGAAACGGACUGACAAUCUGGAAACCGCGUGGAAGUUCUCAACGAUUUCACCUAUGGAUCCAUUACCAUCGAAAUGUUGUUAUGACUUUAUAUCCUCCGCUCUUUGGAAUGAAUUACACCAACAACGACCCGGCACUAAGUAUAUAAAUAUACUGUCGUAUCAAUAUCCGCAAUAUUUCUUACCAAAAUAUUUGUGUGUGUUAAUGAAACAAAAGAAAAAGGCAUUAAACAAUAUCUCUCGUAGAUAUUGUAAGUUAUUAGAUGAAAUGUUCGAUGACUUGGGAGCUUCUAUUAUGGAAAAUAUGAUGAAGUACAAAGAAGCACAUUGGGAAUGGCAUGUGGCCCAAGAAGUUAUCGAUGCUUACAACAAAGAAAAGGCUUUUAAAGACAGUUUGUGUGCGGCUGAAAAUUCUAAUGAUGAUUCGACGGAAUCAUUCAUAACAGUUAUUUUAAACGAGAUAAACAUGUCUCAUCUCAAAUUAAAAUCAACAUCGAAAAAGAAUAAUCAAUUGGCAGAGCAAUUAACCGAACUGAGAAAUGAAAUAUUGGAAAAGGAACGAAUGUACAGACGAGUGUUAAUCCAAAUCGAAGAACAAAUAGAUAGAUUGAGAAAACAAAUCAACAUAGAAAAACGCGAUAUAAUAACAAGAGAAGUGACUAUUAAAGAGCUUCAAAGAAAACGUAAAGAAUUAUCAAAAUAAACUCGUAGUUCGAUACUUAUUUGCGUUUUCUCCAAAGCUCAAUACAAAGUUGGUACCUAAACAAUA